AUGCGCGUUAAUCUAACCGAUGUACGCAGUUUCGACUGGAUUAUUCAGUUAAAGGAUCUCAUAUCUCUCAACCUCUCUCAUUGCGGCCUUAAGUCAUUUAUCAUACCAGGCUUUGGUGAUGAAUUUUCGCGCCUGACGGAAAUCGAUAUCAGUUACAACGACUUAAGCUUUUUGUAUCUGCCAUUUAUUUCCAAUGCACCUGAACUACAAACUCUUGACAUCUCGCACAAUAAAUUCAGAACAUUUCCUGAUCUUUCAUCAAGCAAAUUGGUUGUGAACAUUAUGGAAAACCCCCUCGUUUGCAAUUGCGCCAAUGUCCAAUUGUCCAGCCAGGUCAAAUUUGUUACCUCUAAUUUCGCCUGCGCACUUCCACCUUGUCCAUACUUUUUAUCAUUUGAUCGGAAUUUGCCGGAUUUAGAAAUGGCUGUUAGUGUUGCUGGGAACUUCGGAAUAUCUUGCAGCGUCAAUGCUUCCAAUCCCGUCCAGCUCGGCGUCUUCUCGCCCAUUGGGUUCAUACCAGACUCCUCUUGGGAAUCCAACACAUACACACCGGGGGUCAUCUCGUAUGAGUAUAUGGUAUUGCCUGUUCAACGACCUGUGCAUUUAACUGUACAAAGAACUGCUCAUAAUGGUAUUGAGGUGACCGUUGACUAUGCCAGAGGUCAUCACGCUGGUGUUUGGCGUUGUGGCGCUCUUUCGGAUGGUGGUUUCAUUCUCGACAAUCGAACAACCACGGUGAUUAUAAGAACUGGAAUUGAUCAUCUUUUCCAAAAUACGUCAAUUAUUGGGUUUAUCGUCAUGGGAUCAACUCUGGUUCUUGGCCUAAUCAUUGGUUCUGUUCGGUACCUGGUGGAGACGCGUUGUUGCACGCGGCCUCAAUCGCACAAGUUCUUCGUUCGUCCCCUAAUUGGCAUCAUCCCGGUUCCAUCAAUCCAGACACAAAUCGCCACGUUUGUGGACGAGAUAUCCCUCAAUCAACGGAUUUGCUCCUCUUGUCUGAUGCAACCAUGUUUCCUCUGUGGCUACUGUCUGUCUGUCCACACGUUUUCUCAAUUUGAAGUUUUGGCCAGUGGGGAAGGCAUACCUGACCAACCGCCUCCACAUUACAAACGCAGCACUCGUCUAUCGCAAUGCGAUGCAGAGAACCCGUCUCUCCUGAGUUCAGACUGUAGCCCCACACUUGACCGCAAGACUGACGCCAAAACGCACCAGAAUUUUGGAGAUGCCAAGGGGGAGGUGCCCAAAAUAGUCGGAAACGGAAUAGACGCGACAGACAAAUCCAACGGCUCUGCUGUUUUGCAAUUUCCCCACAAAAAUGUCCUUAACUAUGACUUCCCUUCUGAGUUUUGCCAUUGUUGCCAUCUGGACAUGCGCUUUACCGAUGACGGCAAGACCAGAACCUCUGCAGCUCAGCGUGAUGUGAAGCUGGUUUUCCGCGACGAGGGAUUGGCUCAGGAGUACACAGAGGCUCUCAAGGGUUUGCAGGCCGCCGCCAAGUCAAACGAUGCUGCAACAUUUCGUGAUAGGCUGGAAGAAUUCCGCGAGAAACUUGUUCGCGACGUUGGCGCCCGAGUGCGUGUUGUUCGGGAGGGCAUUGUUGCCCUAAAAGAGAUGUCGGCAAAGUCUGUUGCCCGCUUAAUGGACCAGGGUGGUGUUGUCGCCAAUUUAAUGAAGACUGGGUUCUCCCAGAUGAAAGAUGGGAUGCGCAGCAUGGCGGAAAUGUGCACCGGAGGCGCCGGCGGUGGCAGCACCACCGGUCUCGAGACGAUCGGUCAGUCGAUCUCCGUCGUGAGCAUCUACCGAGACGAGACUACUAACAAGCCCGUGGAGCGGUGCGUGUCAAGUUUCAAUUUUUAA